GGACGAACCCGAUCCUGCCCUGCUUCCCUUCUGCCUCAGCGUUUAGGCUUCGACCGCGCACGACCCCGAGGGUUUGCUCGCCUGGCGGAAACAAGCGGUAGAAAAGCGGCUUUUUAAAGGCAAAAGUAGUUCUGCUGCAGCACAGAAGUUGGCCGGGGGGGAAAAAAAAACCAAACACCUGUCUGUGUUUCAGAGCUACUGAAACCAGCGUUCCGUGCCUGGCAGCGAAGGUCUCUGCUUGCAUUACCUGAUGAUACGAAACCCCCUUCCCUUCUUUUACGUGGAUCCAAAUGGCUUCUUAUGUCUGUAUUUCUCGUCUAAGUAUUUCUUUGCUAUUUCAGAGAUGGCGGCCCACUCUCGCGAUUGUCGGUGACCCUUCAAAAAGCCAUUUCAGUUCAGUUUGAAGCAUCAUUUCUCAUUUUAAGAUAGUGAAAGUGGCUCUUAAGAGACUUCUGCUUUCCUCCCCGACUUGUAGAACUAUUUAAAAGCAAAAGUGAGCUUUGAUGUUGCUGAGGACAGCUCUGAUAAAGCUGACCACACUUGAGCCAGCAGCAAGAACUGUAAUGACUUACAUUGCAAAGAAGUGCGGCAUCUGCUUUCAGCCUCCAUCCAUUAUCCUGAUCUACAGAGAAGACAACAAGGAUAAGACUCGCCAGCGCAUCAUGCCUGUCAGAAAUUUCUCCAAGUUCUCAGACUGCGGCUUGGCUGCUGAGCAGCUGAAGAAUAACCCUCGGCACAAGGCUUACCUAGAAGGAGUCUCACUGCAUCAGCUAAAGAAGCUGUACAGUUUGCUGAAAGGUCAUCUGGGAGGAGAGAGCCUGGCUGAGAGCUUGGAAAAGUUUCGGCAGGAAGAGGCCAUUGACCCAGAAGAGGAUAUGAACAAACUAGAUGACAAGGAGCUAGCCAAAAGGAAGAGCAUCAUGGAUGAGCUCUUUGAAAAGAACAGGAAGAAGAAGGACGACCCAGAUUUCAUCUACGACAUUGAGGUUGAGUUUCCACAGGAUGAGCAGCUGGAGUCCUGUGGCUGGGACAUGGAGUCAGGUGAAGAAAUCUGAUUCUGGACAAAGAUGUCUCGGAUGGGCAGUUCAGAGACAAAUCUCACAGUCCUAACAGAGAGAAUGAUGUCGGCAUACGUAUUCUGCUGCAUCAUUUUCAGUUCAUGCCAUUGAUGCACAUUACAGUAGGUCUUGGGUUCUCCAUAGCCAAGGUGCUACAGGUUUAAGUGAACUUUAAGAAGCCAGACUCAAUGAAAUGGAAAUUGAGCAGCCAAACUUAUUGGGUGUUUUUAGUCUUCUCCUAGUCUUUUUCCUAUUUAAUAAUUUUAAAUUAUUUAAUCUUUUGUUUGUUUACAUUUCAGUCAGCUUUGGCCGAAAACCUCACCAGCUUGCCUUGCUGUGAUUUCUGUUCAGCUUUGUCUGAAAAUUAAGUGUUAAAUAUUUAUGUCUUGAAAGCAAUCCUAAAGCUUUAUUGUAUGCAUAUGCUAUUUAUUAUUACUUGUUGGAAUGUUAAAUAUGUAUUUGUCUUUCUGGAUAAAUCAACAUUGCAUUGAGAGUAUUACUCUCACAUUUCCUGAGUGAUGCUUAGAUCUCCAGCUUCAGCUUACACAAAUAUAAAUCCUUAUGUUUAAGAAACGGAAUAUCUAGAAAGUAAGUUAGUCUUGAAAGUACUUUUGAAAAUACAGUGAUUUCAAGCUG